UACUCUCUACAAAGAAAGAAACAAAAAAAAAAACAGAGCAUAAUGAGCAGAAAGAGAGUUUCGAUAUCUAGCCUGAUCUCGCUUCUGAUUCUGCUGAUCCAUGGUUCGAAUACAGCAACGGCUCAAGAUCUUACAAUCCUGAGUUCUUGUCAAAGCCAUUGCGGGGGAAUAACAAUUCCUUAUCCCUUUGGAAUUGGUAAAGAUUGCUAUCUCAACAAAGACGACUGGUAUGAAGUUCUCUGUAACGGAACCUCACGAAACCCUCUGCCCAUUCUUAAACGUAUCAACAGACAACUGGUGAAUAUCUCUCUUCCGGACGAGUUCUCAGGCGAUUCCUUUGGACUAAUCCGAAUCAAGAAUUCGAUAACUUCAUUAGGUUGUUCCAAUAUGGAAGAAGUCAACAUGACUUUGAACGUGACCGGAAGCCCAUUCUUCAUCACCGGUCGCAAUACUCUAGUAGCAGUUGGUUGUAACAACAAGGCCUUGAUGACGGAUGUUAAGCCACAUAUUGGAGGAUGCGAGUCUACCUGUGACGUGGGGUCUGGCCAGACAGGACAGAACACAAGCUGCGACGGCUACAGAUGUUGCCAAGCGAAGAUACCCUCUGACCGUCUGCAACAGAUUGGAAUCAAGAUUGAGAGCCUUGAUGGUAACACAACGAAAUCAGUUGGAUGUAGAGUUGGUUUCUUGACAGACGAGGCAUAUUCUCCUUCAAAUGUAACCGAGCCAGAGUUGUUUUAUGACAAGGGGUAUGCAACGGUGGAGUUAGGUUGGUUCAUCGAUACGGUACACAAUAUGUCCGUUGAUACUGGUGUUUGCUAUCCAAUUAUCGAGAGUAGAAGCGGUUGGAGUUCCAGUAACUAUAAAAGUUGCAUUUGUAGUUAUGGCACGUAUUUAGAGCGAAGCUAUAGAAGUUGCAUAUGUAACAGUGGUUACAGAGGCAAUCCAUAUCUCUCGAGUGGAUGUAUAGAUAUUGAUGAGUGUGAAGAAGCCAAAACUGAAGGGCGCAGCCGUUGUGGGGAAGGGUACGACUGUGAGAAUAUCCCAGGAAACUUUAGAUGUACAUCAAAAACACUAGCCAUUAUUCUUGGUAUUAGUCUCGGCUUUGGCUUGUUGGUUUCAGCCAUUGAAGCAUGGUGGUUGUAUAAGUUUAUCAGAAAGCAAAGGGAGAUAAAGCGGAAGAAGAAGUUCUUUAAGCGUAAUGGAGGACUAUUGUUGCAACAACAAUUGUUUUCCAACGAAGGAAACGUUGAGAGGACAAGAGUGUUCAGCUCGAAAGAAUUGGAGAAAGCCACAGAAAAAUUCAGUGUAAACCGUGUGCUUGGUCAGGACGGUCAAGGAACCGUAUACAAGGGAAUGCUCGUUGAUGGUAGAAUAGUAGCUGUUAAAAAAUCCAAAGUUGUGGAUGAAGACAAGCUGGAAGAGUUCAUUAAUGAGGUUGUGAUUCUUUCACAGAUCAACCAUAGAAACAUCGUGAAACUUUUGGAAUGCUGCCUUGAAACAGACGUUCCUAUUUUGGUGUACGAGUUCAUUCCCAAUGGAAACCUUUUCGAGCAUCUCCAUCACGAAGAUGAGUCUGAUGAUUACACAAUGGCCACUUGGUAAAUGCGUCUACGUAUUGCUGUAGAUAUUGCGGGAGCCCUUUCCUACCUCCACUCAGCGGCAUCAUUUCCAAUUUAUCACAGAGACAUCAAAUCCACAAACAUAAUGUUGGACGAGAAAUAUCGUGCCAAAGUGUCUGACUUUGGAACUUCAAGAUCGGUAACCAUAGACCAUACGCAUCUCACAACUCUAGUUGCAGGUACAGUAGGUUAUGUAGAUCCGGAGUAUUUUCAAUCAAGCCAAUUUACAGACAAGAUCGAUGUUUAUAGCUUCGGAGUUGUGCUUGUGGAGCUCAUCACAGGGGAGAAACCAAUUUCUUUUUUGAGGUCUGACGAAAACAAAACUUUGGCAACUUAUUUCAUUCUUGCAAUGAAAGAUUCCAAGCUUUCCAGCAUUAUUGAUGCUCGAAUCAAAGAUAACAGCAACAUGGAACAAGUCACUGCGGUGGCAAAGCUCGCGAGGAGGUGUCUUAACUUGAAUGAGAAUAAACGGCCAAAUAUGAGAGAAGUCUCAACGGAAUUGGAGAGGAUUCGAAAUUCACAAGUCCAACUUCAUAACGAGGAAGAUGAUGACGCCAUGGAGAUCAUCAACAUAGGGGAUCCUUGGAACAUUCUUACUGAUUCUUCAUCCAACAUCACCACCACAUCUUCAUAUCGUCGAAACAUUUUAUGAGCAUGAGAGACCACUAGUAUUCCAACCGUAUCAUUUGACAUUUUGGUGUGAUUCGAUUUGCCUAGUUAUGUUGAUUUAUCCGGUUUGGAGAAUGAUCUAUUGAGGAGUGAUAUCAUUUUUUUUUUCAAACCGGUUUGCAGCAAACGCUGUGAUACUAUGUGAUAAUGUGAACUAGUUGAGUGUCUUCAAUAGUAUUGUCAGUACCCUGCUUUAAUACUUGCCAUUAAUAUUAAGGUUUUGCUUUGAA